CAGGUUUCUACUUCCGGUAAGGGCACAUUAGUGUUGCAUCAGCAUCCACUCAUUCAAAGCUGUGGCAAUGUCGAGCUCAGGAGACACAGUGAAAGCGAAGCGGGUUCAGCCUCRGUGGUCUCCACCAGCAGGAACAGAGGUUCCCCAGCUGAGACUGUACAACAGCCUGACCAGAGCAAAGGAGCCGUUUGUUCCUCAGAAGGGAAAAGUUGUGACGUGGUACUGCUGCGGGCCAACCGUGUAUGAUGCGUCACACAUGGGACAUGCCAGGUCCUACAUUUCUUUUGACAUCCUGCGGAGGAUAAUGAGGGACUACUUCAAGUAUGACGUCCUGUACUGUAUGAACAUCACAGAUAUUGAUGAUAAAAUCAUCACACGGGCCCGACAGAACUACCUCCUGGACCAGUACAAGGAGAAGCAUCCACAAGCUGCUCAGAUCCUGCAGGACGUCCUGAGCGCCAGAGAGGUGUUUCAGCAGCAGCUGGGCUCCACCACAGACCCAGAUAAGAAGCAGAUGUUGGAGCGUCUGGACGCCGCCGUCACCUCGGCUCUGCAGCCUCUGCAGGCGGCCGUGGAGGAGAAGGCAGCAGCUGAAGUGCUGCAACCUUUGGCUCAGGUGUUGUUGGAUAGUUCCAAGGACCUGCUGGCUGAUUGGUUGGACAAACGGUUGGGAAGUCAGGUCACAGAGAACUCCAUCUUCUCCGUCCUUCCAAAAUACUGGGAGGGAGAAUUCCACAAAGACAUGGAAGCUCUGAAUGUCCUUCCUGCAGAUGUUCUGACCCGGGUCAGUGAGUACGUUCCAGAGAUCGUGGACUUUGUGAAGAAGGUCGUUUCAAACGGUUAUGGGUAUGUGUCUAACGGCUCRGUUUACUUCGACACCCAGAAGUUUGAUUCCAGUCCUCGGCACUCUUACGCCAAACUGGUGCCGGAGGCUGUCGGAGACCAGAAUGCACUGCAGGAGGGAGAAGGAGUCCUGAGCAUCUCUGCAGACAGACUGAGUGAGAAAAGGUCCCAGAACGACUUUGCUCUGUGGAAAGCUUCGAAGCCUGGAGAGCCAUCCUGGGAGUCUCCGUGGGGGAAGGGCCGGCCCGGCUGGCACAUCGAAUGUUCGGCCAUGGCCGGGUCCAUCCUGGGCGAGUCCAUGGACAUCCACGGAGGAGGGUUUGAUCUCCGAUUCCCACAUCAYGACAACGAGCUGGCUCAGUCUGAGGCUUUCUUUGAGAACGAUCACUGGGUCCGUUACUUCCUGCACACCGGUCACCUGACCAUCGCCGGCUGCAAGAUGUCCAAAUCCCUCAAGAAUUUCAUCACCAUAAAAGAUGCUUUGGCAAAAAACACAGCUCGUCAGCUCCGUCUGGCCUUCUUGAUGCACACCUGGAAGGACACCCUGGACUACUCGUCCAACACCAUGGAGUCGGCCGUCCAGUACGAGAAGUUCCUGAACGAGUUCUUCCUCAACGUGAAGGACAUCCUGAGGGCUCCUACAGACGUCACGGGUUGCUUUGAGAAGUGGGAGGCUGCAGAGGUGGAGCUGAACAGCAGUUUCUACGACAGGAAGUGUGCCGUGCACCAGGCUCUGUGUGACAACGUGGACACUCGCACGGCGCUGGAGGAGAUGAGGGUCCUGGUCAGCCACAGCAACUCUUACAUCGCCAACAGGAAGAGCGCCAAGCUGAGGCCCAACCGCAUGCUGCUGGAAAGCAUCGCCGCGUACCUCACCAACAUGCUGAAGAUAUUUGGUGCAGUUGAAGUGUCGGAGCCCAUAGGGUUCCCCGUGGGAGGACAAGCCCAGAGUGUGGACCUGGAGAGCACGGUGAUGCCGUACCUCAUGGUUCUGUCAGACUUCAGGGAGAACGUCAGGAAGAUAGCCAGAGAGCAGAAAGUGACCCAGCUGCUCCAGGUCUGUGACGUGGUCCGGGACGAUACGUUACCGGAGCUGGGAGUCCGACUGGAGGAUCAUGAAGGUCUGCCUACUGUGGUCAAACUGGUGGACAGGGAGACGUUACUGAAGGAGAAGGAGGAGAAGAAGAAGAUGGAGGAGGAGAAGAAGAGGAAGAAGGAAGAGGCUGCCAGGAAGAAACAGGAGCAGGAGSUGGCCAAGCUCAACAAGAUGAAGAUCCCUCCACAGGACCUGUUCCGCUCUGAAACCGACAAAUACUCCCAGUUUGAUGAGACGGGCUUCCCCACUCACGAUGCUGAAGGGAAGGAGCUGAGCAAAGGGCAGGCCAAGAAGCUGCGCAAACUCUACGAUGCUCAGAAAGAACUGCACGACAAGUUCCUGCAGAUGAACCAGAACUGAAACUGACCCCUCCCCCAGUGAUCCAGACCAUCCACCUGACAGACCUACAGAAUAAACAUCAGGCGACGCUGUGUCACACUUUAUCUCUGGUUUACUGUGUUUGAAUCAGAGAACAAGAAACUGAUGAUUUUGUAUUGUUUUUCAUAAUAACUGUUAUAAACAAAUUUUACCAAACUGGUGAGAAGAAGUGGAAGAAG